AUGGCCUAUGAAACGAUAUAUUCGAAUCGAGAUAGUGGACGGGACUAUCGUAACGGUUCUCGCCAUGCUGAACAUGCAUAUGAAAAUUCCGUCUCAAGAAAACGUUAUCGGGAUGUUCCAUUCCAGUCACGAAUGCCUUUCGAAAAUGAUUUAAAAGAUAGGGAAUAUGACUACUACAAUCCAAACAAGGAAUAUGUUUCCCCCAGUAAAGAACUUCGACGUAGUAAACAUGAUGUAGAGAAGUUUCGCCAAGACCCGCGGUACAGUCGUGAUUCAAACACUAGUCCUGUUCCGAAAAAACGUAGUAAAAUGGACAAUCGAGUCGCAUCAUCUCCUCCCAAACCAUCUCGUGUACUUGGUGCUUUUGGAUUGUCUAUGCGUACCGAAGAACGGCACUUGUAUGACAUAAUGAAAAAGUACGGCGAAAUAGAGGAGAUAAAACUUGUUCAAGAUAAUUUAUCUGGGCGUUCACGUGGUUUCGCGUUUAUAUAUUUUCGGUCUAUUGAAUGUGCUCGUUCAGCGCGCGCUGCAUGCGCUCGAGGUUUGGAACUACAUGAUCGUAUUGUUCGCAUUGAUUACAGCUACACUGAGCGACCACACAAUCCUACACCUGGAAUAUAUAUGGGCAAAGAAAAACGACUAAAUCAUGGUGAAUCUGGACGCCGGUCGAACUUUGCAGAGCACCAGAGAUCCACGUACGGGGAUAGAAAUUCCAGACCACGUCCUUCUCAAAGAAUAUCUCGACGUCCAACAGGUGAGCGACCCGAUCGUUACCAUCAGUCGCCAGAGGAAAACAGCCGACCUCGUAAUUCGUUAGCAUACAAUUCAAAUAGCCGUAGUCGCAUAGUGAGAACAAACAAUGGUGUCCAACAAAGUCGUUCUCGUCAACCACGUUCUGA